AUGGAGCCGGGCUCGCUCGGUCCGUCGGUCCCGGCGCGGGGCGAGAGGCGCGGCGCCCCCUGCCGGCCCUCCGUCGGAACACCCGGCCGGGCAACCCCGCCCCGCCCGGACCGCGUGACGGCACGCGCCCUGGGGCCGACGCGCGAGGGCCGGGCGUGCGCCUGCGCAGUCGGCGGCGGGGGGGCCCCCCUCCCCCUCCUCCCCCCCCGCGCAGGCGCGCGAGCGCGGGGUGUGCGCGUGCGCAGCGGGCCGGCCGCUGAGGCGGAGGGGAGGGCGGGGCGCCCACCGACCACCCAGCGACCGUCCUGCUGCCCGUCCUCCUGCCCGUCCUCCAGUCAAUCCUCCAUCCUCCUGCCCGCCCUCCUGUCCAUUCUCCUGCCCUUCCGUGCUCCCGUCGCCAUGGCCCCGGCCGACCACAGAGUCUUCGUGGUGGGAGUUGGCAUGACCAAGUUUGAGAAGCCUGGGCUUCAAGGUGCACUUGACUACCCUGAAAUGGCAAAAGAGGCAGGCCAGAGAGCUUUAGCUGAUGCACAAGUUCCUUAUUCGGCUGUGGAACAAGCGUGUGUUGGCUAUGUUUAUGGCGAUUCCACCUGUGGCCAGAGGGCUGUCUACAGUUUAGGAGUGACAGGCAUUCCCAUCAUCAACGUGAACAACAACUGUUCCACGGGCUCUACGGCUUUGUUCAUGGCCCGACAGCUGAUCCAGGGAGGUUUGGCAGACUGCGUCUUGGCUCUUGGGUUUGAAAAGAUGGAAAAGGGAUCGCUCGGAUCAAAAUACACAGACAGGACCAACCCUUUGGACAAGCACGUAGAAGUGAUGGUGAAGAAGUUUGGCCUUGCCCCAAAGCCAAUAGCUGCUCAGCUCUUUGGAAAUGCCGGGAAGGAACACAUGGAAAAAUAUGGGACAAAAAUAGAACACUUUGCAAAAAUUGGAUGGAAAAAUCAUAGCCAUUCCGUCAAUAACCCGUAUUCCCAGUUUCAGAAGCAGUACAGCUUAGAUGAAGUGAUGAAGUCUAAAAAAAUUUAUGAUUUCCUGACUGUCUUACAAUGUUGUCCGACGUCCGAUGGGGCCGCAGCGGCAGUUCUGGCCAGCGAAGCGUUCGUGAGGAAGCACGGGCUGGAGUUCAAAGCCGUGGAAAUCGUGGCGCAGGAGAUGAUGACGGAUCUCUCGAGUUCGUUCGAAGACAGUUGUAUUAAAAUGGUUGGCUUUGACAUGACUCAAGAAGCUGCCAAGAGAUGCUAUGAAAAGUCGGGUUUGAAACCAAGUGACGUUGAUGUGAUCGAGCUUCACGACUGUUUUUCCGCUAACGAACUCCUUACUUAUGAAGCUUUGGGGCUCUGUCCUGAAGGGAAAGCGGGCGAACUGAUUGAUAGAGGAGACAAUACUUAUGGAGGAAAAUGGGUCAUAAACCCUAGUGGUGGAUUGAUCUCCAAAGGACACCCUCUGGGAGCCACAGGUCUGGCGCAGUGCGCCGAGCUGGUGUGGCAGCUGCGCGGGGCGGCCGGACGCCGCCAGGUCCCGGGGGCCCAGGUGGCCCUGCAGCACAACCUGGGCCUCGGAGGAGCCGUCGUCGUCACCCUCUACAGGAUGGGCUUCCCCGACCGUGCCCGUUCUUUCAGACCUCACCAAAUCGAGGCCGUUCCCACCAGCGCAGCUGUCGACGGAUUUAAGGCGAAUCUGGUCUUUAAAGAGAUUGAGAAGAAACUCGAAGAGGAAGGAGAGCAGUUUGUGAAAAAAAUCGGAGGAAUUUUUGCCUUCAAAGUGAAAGAUGGCCCAGGCGGGAAAGAAGCCACCUGGGUCGUGGAUGUGAAAAACGGCAAGGGUUCCGUGGCCAUCAACUCAGAUAAGAAGGCCGACUGCACCAUCACCAUGGCUGACGCCGACUUGUUGGCUUUAAUGACUGGAAAGAUGAAUCCUCAGUCAGCCUUCUUUCAGGGCAAAUUGAAAAUAACUGGCAACAUGGCCCUGGCUAUGAAGUUACAGAACCUUCAGCUCCAACCCGGCAAAGCUAAGCUGUGAGGAGCGCUUUGGACUACUUGAGAAAGAUCAAGAUGCAGUACCGAUUUCCUUUUGAGAUGCUACACUGGCAUGAGGCAUUUGCAGUCACAUGGAAGCAAUUUGUAUUUAAAUGAAAAAUGAACAGCCCUGUCUUUCUUUUGGCUCUCUCUCCCCCCCCUCCUCCCUCCCCUCCCAGCCCAUCAGUACUGCUGUGGGCUAAACCCUUAGCCUGUUAACUGGGAUCCUACAAAGUAAUGUGGAAAUUAGGGUAUGGGAAGAAUCUGAGGGGCACCAGAUGAAGAACAAUAAAAUCCAAAACAAAAUUUGGGAAGCACUUUGCUUUAAUCAGUCCUUCAAGUCACAGAUCCAGUAUUUAGCAACAGGAUUUCUUUCCAAGUUUCAGAUCUGAAUCGUCCUCCCGAGAAAGCGAAGAGAACAAAAUAGGUGGUGGGCAUUGAUGAGGGUUAUAACGAGAUAAUAAUCCACUUGUACUAAUGUGUUUAAUUAGCUUGGUUUAAAUUCUGGCAUUUUGCAUUUUCAUUUAUUUAGGCAACGGUUCUAAAUCAAAUUAGCAAAGGCAACAAAAUCAGGAUUUGGUUAGAACUAUCUUACAGCUUCUCGGUCUGCUGAACAAACCCUUUCAAGGGGAAAACCGAAACUAUGAAGAUUUUUCUCCUGAAAAUCAGAGUGUUAGAUUAGAAAAAUGCCAUUACUUAUAAUCAAUAGGCCACCAGUUACCUUUGAGGUGUUCUUAAUGCCUCUCUACUUGGGACUAGAGUUAAAUCAUAACUUGGAAAUAAGUGGAAGGUUACUGAUUUUAGAAUUCUCAUUGAUCAGCUAACUUGGCUUACUGCUUUUCUAAUGUGGAUUUUAUCAAAUCUUAUUUUCUUAUAACUUUAGAGUUGGAAUAAAACAAUGGUUUUAAAAGAAUGUUUAAUAGAAAUUAAAUUAGCUUUUCCUGGUUU